UCCCUCCCUCUGAACCCAAUUGCUCAAGCCGCUUCCUUCCCCAACGCCAGCGCCAGUUCCUCUCCGUUUGGGGCCCGGGAAGGGCAGCGAACGCUGGACACUGUGGCUGCCGCGGCUGCAGCUGCAAGACCAUGGCCCAGCCCGGAGGGGCCGCGAACCAGGCACCCACGGCCUCUCUUGCGCCGACCGCGCGGAGCCUGCGGUGCGCCCUGCAGCCCCGCCUCUCGGGAGCGGACACCGGUAGCCUGGGCAGGUACUGGGGCAGCGCCACAGCCGCCGCCUCCCGGGAGCCCCGCUUCCUAGGCACGCUGGUGCACUCUGGAUUGGGCUCGGGGCGCCGGCGGGGAGCGCUGCGGGAGCUGCUGGGGCUGCAGCGGGCGGCUCCUGCGGGGUGGCUGUCGGAGGAGCGCGCCGAGGAACUGGGCGGGCCGGGCGCGCCGAGCGGGCAGGGGAGCAGCAGGCUGUGCCUGGAGCCGCGGGAGCACGCGUGGAUUCUGGCGGCCGCCGAGGGCCGCUAUGAGGUGCUGCGGGAGCUGCUGGAGGCUGAGCCGGAGCUGCUGCUGAGGGGCGACCCGAUCACCGGCUACUCGGUUCUGCACUGGCUGGCCAAGCACGGGCGCCACGAGGAGCUCAUUCUGGUUCACGACUUCGCCCUAAGCCGGGGGCUGCGGCUCGACGUGAGCGCCCCAGGCAGCGGCGGCCUCACGCCCCUCCACUUGGCGGCCCUGCAGGGCCACGACAUGGUCAUCAAGGUGCUGGUGGGCGCCCUGGGCGCUGACGCUACGCGCCGCGACCACAGCGGCCACCGGGCCUGCCACUACCUGCGACCCGACGCUCCCUGGACUUUGCGGGAGCUGUCGGGAGCCGAGGAAUGGGAGCUGGAGCGCGGCAGCGGGCGAAACCUCAACAACAACAGCAGCGGCAGCGCGGCGUGGAGUACGAGAUGCACCGCGAGCGCAGUGGGCGCGACGGUGGUGGAGACAAGCAGGAGAGCGGCGACGCCGCGGACCAAGGAGAAGGACGCCGCGGGCAGCCGGGUGGCGCUAAUGCAUGGCCUUUUCCGCCAUCUGUUCCCCUCAUUCAAGGACCGUUGACCGGGACAGAGACUGGAGAGCUAGAAGGGGCCGCGACGCUGUGGCGAUGCCUCCCUCGGUCCUGGGUUGUCCCGGGUUCCACUGAAGGAGCGGCGCCUUGGACGCUGCUUGGGCCUGCAAGGAACAGACCGCGUCGGGGUCCAACUCAGGUACUUGUCCCAGGUCUCCGGUAACCACCGGCCUAGAGGACCCGGGGACUUGGGUACCUUCCUCACCAAGAGAGAGCGAAGGACCAAGCCGGCCUGGCUCCGAGUUCCAAAGUUACGUGACUAAGGAGCUGGGAGCAGGAAGCGUGGUCCUGCUUGGGAGAGUGGGCAGGCAGAACCGCUGGCUUUCUUAGGAAACAUUUGCUGGAAGAAUGAGUUAAGAUUGUAAACCACCAAUGCAGAGAAAACGCCUAACUCUGCCGGCCUGUCUCGGCCAUUAAUAAUGGGUCUUGGGGUGCGUGUAGAGUCAGUCUCUGACAACCCUCUCCUGAGACGACCAGGCCUUACUGGUACCUUUUCGCAUGUAUCACAGGUGAUUUCUUAUGUAUAUUAAAGUGGAAUAUGUUUUCCUUUCACACGA